AUGCUUAACCGACUCAACUUAUUAUCUCGCCACUUCGCCCAUCCUUUUGGUUUCCGUCCUACCACCCCAACGCUCUCACCCCUCCGUCCCGGUCCGCUCGCAAUGACAUCAGCCCAUCCAAACUUCACCAAACCCAUCCACACGGCAGCCUGCCUGAUCAUUGGCGAUGAGGUCCUCGGCGGAAAGACAAUCGACACCAAUUCGCCCUUCCUAGCCAAGUUCUGCUUCGGCCUCGGCAUCCAGCUGAAGCGCGUGGAAGUCAUCCCCGACGAUGAAGAGGAUAUCAUGGAAGCUGUGCGCCGCAUGAGCGCCCGCUACGACUUCGUCGUCACCAGCGGAGGCAUUGGUCCAACCCACGAUGAUAUAACCUACCGAUCGGUCGCGAAAGCCUUCAACCUCAAACUCCAACUGCACGAAGCAGCCUUUGCCCGCAUGAAGAGACUCUCGAAACCUCAUCCCAUGCAACCCAAUUUCGACUGGGAAACCCCAUCCCCCGGCUUAACUGCCAAGCUCCGCAUGGUUGAACUCCCUUACGAUCCCACCGUCCCGGCCGCAGACCAAGCCCUUUUCGUCGCGGAAGAUAUGUGGGUUCCCAUCGCCGUGGUGAACGGAAACGUGCACAUUCUCCCCGGCGUCCCGCGUCUCUUUGAAAGACUCCUCAUGAACCUGCAGCCCAGCAUCAAGCCCAGACUGGCUCAUUUGGAUGGCAAGGCGACCGAGCGGGUGAUGAUCAGUACACCGUUGCCGGAGAGUGCAGUUGCACCUUAUUUGACGGAGCUGGCGGCCAAGGUCGAGCCGAAGGGUGUCAAGGUCGGGAGUUAUCCGAGAUGGGGGAGGAAGAGGAAUACUGUCACCUUGGUUGGGGCGGACAAGGAUUAUCUUGAGUCCCUUGUGCAAGAGGUCGAGGAGAAUGUACAGGGAAAGAGGGUAUCCAAGGAGGAUGAGCUGGAUCCGAAAGAUGAGGGGGAGACUGUUUAUAGUCAGUAG